CCUUGCCUAAUUUUUAUGAAAGCACGACAAUAUCCAAGUAUGAAGCAAGUUCACAUGUUCAUGUAUUUCUUGAUCUGUUCAACUCUCAUAAUCACACUCACAUCCUGUUCGCCAGUUCAUAGCAGAAUCAGUUCAAGAAUGAAACGUCAGUCAGCAGAUGUAAGGACAGCCGAGUAUUUGGCAUGGAUUGCAUUAGGUGGAAAAGUCCCAUCACGUGGAUGUGAAAUUGUGGCGUGUGGUGUAGUUGAUGUGUACUCAAGACUAAAGCAUUCGUCAGCGGAUCAGAGAAUGGCCGAACUGCAGGCACAAAUAGCUAUUUCCAAAAUGAAUAAUAAUCGAAAUAGAGCUAGAGUAGGACAUGGCCUUAUAAAUGUUGAAAAAAUCGGCAAGAAAAAGAGAGACAACCAGCUGUCUGACGAAGAAAGACUUAGUCUUCUUAGAGCUUUAAUCACAAGGGCGGCACAAGAAAACACUUCGUCAUAGGUUGGUUGUGAUGGAAACAAGAAUAGAGUAAUGACUUAUACAUUUAGGUCGUGAUGCUCCUUCCUAAAGUGUGUAAAAGUCAAGACCAAGAAAAAAAGGAAAAAUAAAAGGGGGAAUGUUAUUAUCUUGUUUGAUUUCAAAAAUAGCAUUUAUACAUUUUAUUUAUACAUUUUAAUCAUGUACAAUUUCUCUAGAAAAAUUUCUUCCUAAUUUGGUAACAAUCAAUCCAGAAUGAAUCAUUUUAAAGUAUGAAAUCUUUUUUCUAUGUGUAGAGUUUGAACAUUGUAGAAGUUAGUCAUAGUGUCAAUGUGUAUCUAGCUUAAAGAAAAAGGAAUUUCUCCUUAAAAAUUAAAUUAUUUCGUUUGUAUGCAUUAUCAAAUGUUUAUGUUACACAAUAGCAUAGUUUUUCUAACGUAUGCUGAUUUUAUUUAAAUUUUUAAAAUAUGUUUCUGUCCAGAAAAAUGCCUGAGUUUGAAGAUGAGAAACAAUAAACAGUGCAGUUGAUAAAAAGACUUUUAUUUUCUUCACAUGAGUGAAAACAUGAUAUUUCAAUUAAAAUAAUAGGCUAUAUAAUAACUACAAGUAAUAGUAAACUAAAAUUGCCAAUCAAUGCUAUAAAUUAUGAGUGCCACGUAAUACAGUAUUCCUUUUUGUUGAUGUGCUCUCUUUUAACUUUGGACUUUUCUUUCAUCAUGGACAGUGGACUUGUGCAAUGCAGCUACACUUACUAGCUACCAUAUGUAGCCUGAUGGACCAAUACAAAGUCUCUUUAAAAUCUGAUUAAAAUUCUGAUUAAAACUGAUAAGACAUUUAAAAUAAUUUCUGCACAAUUAUAAUAUACGUACGCACCUACAAAAAAGUUUGAUUCCUAUGAUAUAUUACAAUAAUAAAUAAAAACAUACAUUCUCUU